ACCGACCAUCCUACCACAGUCUCCGGUCGCCACCACCCACGGGCUACGGACGGCAGCCUCGCUGAUCAGCAGUGGCAGUGGGGCCCGGGCGCCGCCUGGCCACAGCAGCACAGUGCACACGUUCGGCUCAGUGCUUCACAGACACGGCGUCUCACACAGUCAGACACUGCUGCACGCGCACGCGACACGCUCACAUCCAAACCGCGCGCGCACACACGCACACGCACACACACACACACACACACACGUACAUCGACGAACACCGCACAGGCAUUGCGCAACGCACGCACGCACGCACGCACACAGAUACAAAGACGUAUCGCGCAAAUCGCAGCUGAUCUCCUCACACAUUCUCACCACUGACACUCUCUCCAUCGCUGAAUCAUACACAGACAUGUCAAUAUGACGGCUGUGACGAACGAAUCUGUGAAUAACAAUAAUUAUAACAACAACAACAACAACAACGACAAUGAAAAUCCGUGCAAUUUUUUCCUCGUGCGCGGACGUACGUCGUAUUAUCGUUUUAGACACAAUUGAGUCUUUGGGCGCAAUGUAGAAGCGGACGACACACUCAUAUGUGUGUAUAUAUAUAUAUAUAUAUAGAUUUAUUUAUAUAUAUAUAUACAUAUAUAUAUGUACAUAUAGCGACGAGAAAAAUUUGCACAUAUUCUAGACUGAACGUCUAGAAUACAAUGUCUUCUCCUAACCAACAACCAGUUGUAGAGGACAUUGUCUCUAUUUUUGAAACAACUCAAAAUCAGUCCUGGUCCAUAUUCAACGAUAAACUGAACAGUGUUUCCAAUAAAGACUCUAAGAAAAAAGAUCCAGUUAAAUCAGACAACUAUAUUACUUUAUCUAGUGAUGAUGUUCCUGUAUUUGGCUUAGUCCCUCGACUUGAUAAAGUGAUGUUAGUUUCAUGUAAUGAAUGUGCAAUGAUAGUAAAAAGAGAUUGUAUACAUAGCCAUUUUUAUCGCCGUCACAACAGUAAUAAUGUUAAUCAUUCAGAAGCUGAUAAAUUUUCACUAGUUAACUUUUUAUGCACUGUAAAAACCAAUAAAAAUAAAAAGCUAAAGAUGACUGUUCGAAAGCCUCCCGAAAAGAAAAUGAAUGAACGUGAAAAAGUUGAUACUGUUGUAAAGGAAAUAAAAACUGAAUUUGAUCAAAUAGAGUAUGAAAGAUUAUUAAAAACAAAUAGAGCAAAAAUCAAACAAGAAAAUACAACUGAAUAUGUCGAACAACAUAAUGUUGAUAUGGUAACAACAAGUUGCAACCCUAGUACCAGUUCUGGUAAUUUAGAUUGGGAUAUUAAACCAUGUAUUAAAAAUUUAACUCACUGUACUGAAGUUAAAGUAAAUGAAAAAAUUAUAGAGCGUGAUAAAGAUGUAAAUAAAUUAUCAACAGUAUCACUCAAUAAUAAAGAAGAUCUACAAAGUAAUAAAUACUUAGAUACUCAGAGCAUUGAACAUGUUGUUAAUUAUGUUACUAGUUCUAAUGAGUUAAUAAAAUUAGAUCCAAUUAAAAAAAUUAAACCUAAACUAACUAUAGAUUUUUCUGGUUUCAUGUAUGGAUUUGAUGAAGAAUAUCAUAAAAAAUAUCUUAACUAUAAAAAUAAGUAUCAAAAAUUACCGCAUAAAAUAAAAAAUAUUAAAGAAAAAACUAAAUUAACGAUAAAAAAUGAAUAUUCAGAUAUUAUGGGCAAUAGAAAUGAUGAUGAUAUUGCAACUUUUUAUAAUCAAUCAUCAAAUACAUCUGCAGUUGAUGUUAAAAUUGAGUAUUAUAAAUUAUUUUCUGGAUUACAAAAUGACUGUGAACAAACAAAACUUUUUCCGUGCAAUAAAUAUUUAGAUGUAAAAAAUGAAAUUUUUAGUGAUUCUUCUGAUACUAGUUAUCAUCAACCUACUGAAUUGCCAAAAGAAGAAUUUCAAAAUAUACCAAUUAAUAUAUAUCCAGAUGUGAAAAUAAAAGAAGAAUAUGAUGAAAAUAAUGACAAAUGUAAAGUUGAAUUAACCAAAAUUUCAACAGACAAUAAUCAUUUUGAAGUUAUGGAUAAUAUGUAUUCUAGUAAUAUUGAUAAUAAUCUUUCAACAAUUGUCAAAGAAGAAGUAACAUUAACGGAAAGCAGUGAAAAUAUAAUGAAUAAUGAAAGUUCUGAUGAAUCUUUUAUUAGGAACAAUCAAUCUGCAAUUGCAUUACUGGAUAUUAAUGAAGUAUUAAGGCCUUAUUUAUUUUCUACCGAUAUGAAUGAAGAAUCAAAGUCUUUUUUAUUUACUACCAAUACAAAUGAAGAAUCAAAGUCUUCAUUGAGCACAGACUUUAUUAAUAAAAAAUCUAAACAUUCAUUAAUCACCGACUACAUUACAGAUAAUUCCUACACUGAAUAUUAUCAAUUAUAUACAAAUUCAAUUCCUCAACUUUCACCAAGUUAUAAGUAUUUAGAUGAUGACAAUUUGAAUGAUGAACUCAAUUUACAGGAUGAAAAUAAUUUGCUCAAUAUUAAAGUGGAAGAAGAUUUGAAUGAUAAACUCAAUUUUCAGGAAGAAGACCAUUUAAAUAAUGAGCUGAAUUUACAGAGUAAAGACAAUUUAAAUGAUGAACUCAAUUUUCAGGUCAAAGAAGAGUUCAGCAAUGAACUCCAUUUGCAAAAUGAUGAAAUCAUCAAUGAAUUCAAUGAUUUGAACAAUGAAUUUAAUUUGCAGAGUGAUAAAGAUUUGAUUGAUGAAAUCAACUUACAGGCUGAAGAUGAUUUAAGCGAUGAAAUAAGUUUUCAUAGUGAAGAUGAUUUGGACUAUGAACUAAAUUUUCAUGGUGAAGAAGAUUUGAAUGUUGAAUUAAAUUUACAGGGUGAAGACGAAUCGAGUAUGGAUCUUGAUUAUCAGGAUGAAGAUGAUUUAAGAGAUGAACUCAAUUAUCAGAGAGUUGAUGAUGAACUCGGUUUGCUAAGUGAAGACAAUUUAACUGAUGUGGACAAUUUAAGCAAUGUAGAGGAUAUGACUGAUGAAGAAGAAAACUUGAGUGGUAAAGAAAAUUUGGGUAGUGAUGAUGUUAAAACUAAUGACAAUUUAAAAUAUGAUUGCCCAAUACCAUCUCAAUUACUAAAUAAUGAAGAAGAAACAAAACAUAUACCAAGCAAGGAUUGUUCUGAUAUUAUAAAUAAUGAAAGUUCUAAUGAUGCUUUUACUGAUCAUGAUCAAUCAUCCACUGUAACAUUAGACAAUGAAAAAGAAUUAGAAUCUAAUUCUAUAAUAGAUGAUGCUUAUGUUAUGAUUGAUAAUGAUGGUAUUGUUAACAAUUUUGAAAAUAAGUAUUAUCGAUUAUCGCCUGAACUAUAUGACCACGAUGCACAAACAUCAUUUACACCAAACUAUAAAUAUUCAGAUGUUAUAAGUAAUGAAAGUUCAGACAAUUCUGAUGAGUCUGUAUCAAUUCAUGAUCAAUCAUCUGUUGAAUUAUUAGAAAUUAGGGACAAAACAGAUCAUUUAUCAACUGAUCAUUCCUCUGAUUUUACAAGCGAUGAAAGUUUGUAUGAUUCUGAUUCUACUACUAGUAGUAGUAAUCAAUCAACUGUAUUAUUUGAUAUUAUGAAAAAACCAAAAUAUACUCGAACCAAUUUCUUAGAAGACCAUGAACAGUUCAUGGAUCGUAUUUCUAAGUUAGCAAAAUCAUUUGGUUUAGUGGAUGGUAAAAACAAUUGUACUAAAACCAAUGUACCAUUAGAAUGUAUGAAUUGUUAUGAAACCACUGACGAUUUCGUUGACAUUUAUGGCACUCAAAUCGAUGAACCUUCUGUUCCUAUUACCUCUAAUACUCAAAUUAAUGAAUAUGAUGUUAAUAAUUUUACUCCUAUUAGUUCAAGUGCACAAAUUAUAAAUAAUACCAUCAUUCCCAAGGAUGUUGAAGAAUAUGAACUUAAAGAUAAUAAUGACUGUGAUUGUAAUGUUUCAAAUAAGUCACAUUAUUUAUCUCAUUUUCAUCCACAUCCUUAUAACCAGGCACAAAAUAAUAAUUCAAUGCAUAACCCUAUCAAUGAAAACAAUUGCAAAAUAUACAAUUCUGAACAUUACAAACCAAAUGAGCAUAUUUUACACGGAAAUACAAUUAAUGAAGCGAUACCAUUUAUAAACAAAAAUAAUGAAAUUUAUAAAGAACUUAUGAAGAUUGUUGAUAAAAGUGUUCUUGAAAGAAAAUGUAAAAUAAUGCCAUAUGCCCGAAUAGCAAAGAAUUUAAAAAAAAAUUUAAAGAGACGAGUUGCUGAUGAUAAAGAAAAUCGUAAUCAUUCAAUAUCAAGAGGCUUUAAAAAAUUUAAGAUGGAAUUUAUAGAGAGAGAUUUUUCAUGCUCUGAUGAAUCUGACAAUAAUGAUAAUGUCGAUGAUUGAAAAUAUUAAUUUUUAGAUAUUUUACUAAGACUUCCUUAAGGUCUCAUUAUAUUAUAUUUAUUUGUUCCUGAUUUUAAAAAUAAUUUUUAAUCU